AUGGAGAGCAAUGUGUCCUCCGGGAACUGUACUGGUCCUCAGAUGUCCUUCCAGUCCACUCUGUAUGCCACCACCUACACCCUCAUCUUCAUCCCCGGCCUGCUGGCAAACAGUGCUGCCCUGUGGGUCCUGUGCCGCUUCAUCAGCAAGAAGAGCAAAGCCAUCAUCUUCAUGAUCAACCUGGCCGUGGCCGACCUGGCUCACGUCCUCUCGCUGCCCUUGCGGAUGUAUUACUACAUAAACCACACCUGGCCCUUCGGAAGCUUCCUCUGCCAGGUGUGCUUCUACCUGAAGUACCUCAACAUGUACGCCAGCAUCUGCUUCCUCACCUGCAUCAGCAUCCAGCGGUACCUCUUCCUCCUCCACCCUUUCCGAGCCAAGGGCUGGAAGCGGCGGUACGACGCGGCCAUUAGCGCCGCCGUCUGGCUCUUCGUGGGGGCAGCCUGCCUGCCCCUGCUGGUGGUGAGGAGCCCAGCCCUGUCCAACAGCACCGACACCUGCUUCUCAGACCUGGGGGUGAAGCAGCUGAGCCCAGGGGCUUCCAUCGCGCUGGUGACGGUGGCGGAGCUGUUCGGGUUUGUCGUGCCCUUCGGCAUCAUCGCUGGCUGCACGUGGAAGAUGUGGCAGUCGCUGCGGGAGUGCCCCACGCAACUGCAGAACGCCGGCGAGAAGCAGAAGGCUCUGCGCAUGGUCCUGAUGUGCGCGGCUGUCUUCUUCAUCUGCUUCACCCCCUACCACAUCAACUUCCCUUUCUUCAUGAUGGUGAUCGAGAACAUCAUCCAGGACUGCGCCGUGCACAGGAGCACGCUGCGCUUCCACCCCAUCUCCCUCUGCCUGGCGAGCCUCAACUCCUGCCUGGAUCCCGUCCUCUACUACUUCAUGACCUCCGAGUUCCAGGACCAGCUGCUGCGGCACAGCUGCGCGGUGCUGCGCGCUCGCUUCCCGCGCCGGGGGAAUAGCCUCUCCGUGGCUGAAAUCGGGCACAGCAUCCGCAUGAAGAGGAGAAACCUUCGGGGCUUCAAGUUCUGGUCCCUUCCCAAGUUCUUCAGCAGAAUAAACAGCAGGGAAAUCCCUCCCGUGCCACCCGACGAGCUUCUGCUGGAGUCCAUCUCUUGA